AUGCCGUCGCCGGACGCGGCGGCGAGGCACACGGGCGCCGGCGUGGCGCGUCGGCAGGCCCACCACGAGCGGAUGCGCGACGAGCGCGCUCGGGAGGCGGCCGCGGGCAACGCGGAGCUUCCGCCGGAGGACGACGCGGUCGAGAUGGUGAGCGCCGUCCAGCUGCUGGACAGCGUGGCGGAGGCGGGCCCGAACUACACCCUGCUGCGCAGCAAGGAGACGAAGGCGAAGCGGCGGAAGCGACAGCGCGAGGAUGGCAGGGCGGCGCUCAACGGCCACACUGUCCUGCCCACCGGAUCGCGCCUCGAGAUCUUCUGCGACACCGAGCGGUGGUACCCCGCGACCGUCAUGGGCCGGGAGGAGGACGGGGACGGACGGAUCGCGCACCAGGUCGAGUACGACGGCUACCCGGAUCGGCGGUGGUGGCACAUGCUGGACGACGAGCGGUGGCGAGCCGUCCCAGAGCAGGCCGGCACGGGCGCAGGAGGCGCCGCCGCAGACGUGGACGGGGAUGCGGCGAUGGACCGCGCGGACGGCGAGGGCGCCCGUGCCGCGGGUGCCGCCGAGGCGGCCGAGGUGCGGCCGGCGCCGCCUCCCGCGUGCCGGGGUGUGCGGCGCAGCGCGCUGGCGGACGUCCUCGAGGCGGAGGACGACGAGCGGCAGGACGAGGCUGCGCGUGGCGACGAGCAGCCGAUGCUAGCGCCCCACGGGCCGGCGCUGUCGGUGCAGCUUCGGCGCGUGCGCCUGCAGCUGCGCGAGUUCCUUGCAACGCAGGCCGCGGCAGGGUACCUUUGA